CGGGUCUAAUGGCUGCGCGCGGGCCGCUGUGAGGCGCGGCGGCGAGCGGGCGCGGGGCCGCGGAGCAGCGACGAGCGAGCGAGCGCGAGGCCGGAGCCCCGGCCAGGCCCGGCCCGACCCGCCGAGCCCGCGAUGCGUCCCGGGGCCGCCCCCCGGCGCAGCUGACGCCCCGCGGCCCCGCGAGACCCCGGCCCCGCCGGGCCCGCAGGAAGCGGCCGCCGCCGCCCGGCCCAGCGCCCGCGCCGCCCGGGCACCAUGGCGGGGAAGGCGGCCGCCCCGGGCACCGCGGUCCUGCUGGUCACGGCCAACGUGGGCUCGCUCUUCGACGACCCGGAAAACCUGCAGAAGAACUGGCUCCGGGAGUUCUACCAGGUCCUGCAUGUGCAUAAGCCGCACUUCAUGGCCUUACACUGCCAGGAGUUUGGAGGGAAGAACUAUGAAGCCUCUAUGUCCCAUGUGGACAAGUUUGUCAAGGAACUGCUCUCAAGUGACGCAAUGAAAGAAUACAACAGGGCUCGGGUCUACCUGGAUGAAAACUACAAGUCGCAGGAGCACUUCACGGCACUAGGAAGCUUUUACUUUCUUCACGAAUCCCUAAAAAACAUCUACCAGUUUGACUUUAAAGCCAAGAAGUAUAAGAAAGUCACUGGCAAGGAGAUCUACUCAGAUACCCUGGAGAGCACGCCGAUGCUUGAGAAGGAGAAGUUCCCACAGGACUACUUCCCCGAGUGUAAGUGGUCAAGAAAAGGCUUCAUCCGGACACGGUGGUGUAUUGCUGACUGUGCCUUUGACUUGGUGAACAUCCAUCUCUUCCAUGAUGCAUCCAACCUGGUGGCCUGGGAGACAAGUCCCUCCGUGUACUCCGGUGUCCGGCACAAGGCCCUUGGCUAUGUACUCGACAGAAUCAUCGACCAGCGGUUUGAGAAAGUUUCCUACUUUGUCUUUGGAGAUUUCAACUUCCGCCUGGACUCCAAGUCUGUUGUAGAGACACUCUGCACAAAAGCCACGAUGCAGACAGUCCGGGCUGCCGACACCAAUGAAGUUGUGAAGUUAAUAUUUCGGGAGUCAGACAAUGACCGGAAGGUCGUGCUCCAGUUGGAAAAGAAGCUCUUUGACUACUUCAACCAGGAUGUCUUCCGGGACAACAAUGGCACUGCGCUUUUGGAGUUUGACAAGGAGCUGUCUGUCUUCAAGGACAGACUGUAUGAACUGGACAUCUCAUUCCCCCCAAGCUACCCGUACAGCGAGGACCCCAGCCAGGGCCAGCAGUACAUGAGCACCCGCUGCCCGGCGUGGUGUGACCGCAUCCUCAUGUCCUUAUCUGCCAAGGAGCUGGUGCUCAAGUCAGAGAGUGAGGACAAGGUGGCCACCUACGACCACAUUGGGCCCAACGUCUGCAUGGGAGACCAUAAGCCCGUGUUCCUGGCCUUCCGAAUCGCACCCGGGGCAGGUAAACCUCACGCCCAUGUGCACAAGUGUUGUGUCGUGCAGUGACGUGUUGGAAAGAGGAGCCAGCGCCAGGACCGGGCGCUCGGCGAGACCUCCCUGUAGCAGUGUAUCAAAGCUACUCCAGCCGCCACCGGUCCCUGCCCAGCGUUGCCUGCUAGACGGCCGGCCCCACACUUCGCU